UGUUAGGUAACUUGUUCAAGAAUAAGGAUAAUUCAGUGGAUGUUCAAUAGUCGUUGAUAUCGUGUCACAGGUGUGAGGGAACGUUUUGACGGACUUGCUCCGUGAAAGAGAGGGAGAAAAAGAAAAAAGGCAACCAUGUUUGUCCGAACUCCAGAAGUGGGCGAUCCCGAAAUCUUGCCUUUCGUAAUGGGAUACUUACCCGAGAACUACCGGAGAAAGGCGGAGAUCGAACUUAGAGACACACCGGAAAAGCGGGUGCAAGGCCUUCGCCUUCUUAAAGAAAUGAUGAAACACGAAAAGAGCCUGUGCAACACGGAACUGGAUGACGACUUCCUCAUGCAGUACUUGCUCUUCCGGAAGUUCAACGUCGACAGGGCCUUGUCGACCCUGAAGGCCUACGUCAAGCUGCGGAAAAAGAAUCCGGAUAUGUUCCGGAACUUUCAUUUCGACCGCAUCGUCCGGACAUCCACCGAUCGCAUCGCUGUCUUUCUGCCAUGGAGGUGCCCGGAUGGUUGUGCCAUUAUACUUGUCCAACUAGACAACUGGGACCCCACCGUGUUCCCCGUCGAAGAGGUGAAGCGGAUGGUGGCGGUGAUAGUGCUGCAGUCCCUGCGCGACCCCAUGACGCAACUCAACGGCUUCAAGGUCAUCUUCGAUGUCAACAGCAAUCCCUUGCGACAUCUGAGAUACAUCACUCCACAGAACAUAUACCUCCUCUACCACGGCACACAGGAGUGCAUACCCGGCAGGUUCAAGGCCGUCCAUUUCGUGAACGAUUCCAUCACUUUCAAGGCAGCGUGGUUCAUAUUCAAGAAUUUCCUCACGGAUAAGUUUCGAAAAAGAAUAUUCUUCCACUCCAAAAUGGAAUCUUUGUUCGACCACUUCCCGCGCUCCAUCCUGCCCACCAAAUAUGGCGGCACUCUGGAAGAUUACGACAUGACCGAGUGGUUGAAAGACGUCAUGCAACCGGAAAAACUGGCAACGCUCGGUGGCACCAUUCAGACCACCACGUGAUCUUUCGAGACGAGUCUCAAGUGGGCAGACGGAAAUCGAUAUUUAUUCAAACACAUAUAGACUCAUUUGAACAAAAAGACGCUGGUCGUUGAAUAUGUCAAACGGAGGAGCAUAUUUGUUGAGAUAUAUGCUACUGUCUUCGGCCCAGGAGCAACAGCGACAGAAAUUCCGACGCUGUUAUCGAUUACAAGCCGAAUACUGCGGAAUCGACCAAAUAUGCAGAGCAGCAUAUACUGAGCUAUGGACAUCACACCAUUUGAGAGAAUUUAUCCAUUUCAUAUGACGUCACAGAGCAAUCAACGAAUCACGGUCAUCUGGUAGAAGUAAUCUUUGAUGAUCAAAUAAAUUGCAGCCAAUCGUAAAACGAUUAGUCACAUUAUGUUUGUUAAUUAAAUUGUAAAGAACCAAUUACAAACACAAAAUGUUUUUGCUGCUACUUUGCUCAAGAUCUGAAGCCAGUUUUUAAGUAAACGAUGAACAUUAUCACACGUUGUUAAAAUCGACUGAAUUCGGAAUCACAUAUUUCUUCAAUAGAGUUCAUUCAAAACUAACAUUGUAUAUCUUACUAUUCUUAUAAUUAGUUUUGACUUUGAAAUAAAGCUAAGAAAGUUACUUAUCUUAAAAUAAA